AUGAGCCCCCCUUCUCCGAAGAAGAAUGGCGGCAAUCCUUCUGUUCCUAGACAAAUCCGCUUUGUCGCAACCGAUGGGCAGCCGCAAACCAAGCGUCGCCGCGUUAAUGCCGCGUAUGUGGACCAUACCGAGGACCAAUUUGUCGGUCAAGACGCUGACGUCACUUUCAGUGUCUCGAUCGCGGAUAUGUUGCUGACGGAGUAUAUGCGGGAAGUGUGUAAGACUUGCUCCGACUAUAAGCAUGUCUGCCUUGGAUACACCGAAUCGACCGCACACCUGCGAACGCAGUCUGACUCCGCAUCGCGAGCGCCGCCGCGCCUUUCCGUUCCGAAUGAAUCGAACCAGCGCGCUUCCCGGGCAGUCGAAAGCAGCUCCCCCGAACCAGUGCCAAUAACGAUACCCAAGCCCCCCGCGGAUAAAUCCACCAAGACGAAAGCGCCUGGAUCACAGGAUAUCUCUUCUUUUGGGGAUACUUCUUCAUUCGGGAAGGAAUUGGAUACACAAGCUGUUGGGGACAGUCCAGCGAGUGGUCGUACCUCUGUGAGCUCAGCGAGUCGCACGCAUGUCCCGUAUUUUCGAUACUUUGGCCCCACCGCGAUUGUACCGGGGUUUAAACAAAUGGUUGUGCAGGUUCGAGGUUCUCGCAGGAGUAACCCAUCCAUGUCCUCAGACUCCCCCUCUCCUAUUCGGAGCCCUAAACCGUCCGAAAUUCCCACAAGACCCCUUGCUACUGCCCCGGAUAACCGAGACAGUCGCGAUGCAAAUAUCCCAUUUUAUGACCGAGAUGAUACGCUUCCCGUUUCGAAUCUUGUAUCACAUUUGUGCGAACUCUUCUUUGCCCACCUGGGCUGCAGCUUUCCCUUUCUACAACGAGAGAGAUUUCUUCAGGACCUUAAAGAGAAAAAGGUUGACACCAUGUUGGUAGACGCAGUGUGUUCAUUAGCUGCGAGAUUCUCAAUACAUCCAUCACUUGGUCCUCCACAGGCUCCUCCUAUCGAUCGCUCGCAGCCCCUACUUGACGAUAAAAAGUGGGAUCGAGGUUUGCCCUUUGGUCAUCGCGCAAUGAGCGCUCUCGUGGAUUCAUUGCCAUGCCCAACUCUCUCUGCCGUCCAAGCCUGCUUGUUGCUCGCAUAUGAACAGUUCGGAUCAAAUCAUGACAGUGGACUCUGGAUGUACCUUGGAAUAUCAAUUCGCAUGGCGCAGGACCUUGGACUGCAGAAGUUCCAAGGCCUCAAACAUAAUUACGGCAGGACUGGCGUCACACCAAGUGAAGUGAUGACAGGCCAGGCUGGGAAAUUAAGAGAGGAACAGUAUGAUGAUCUUGAUGUGCAUCUGACACCCAAGGCUAAUCCACAGCCUUUGAUUGAGGAACGUGCCCGGGAGCGCGAACGGGUAGACUCAUUCUGGAGCAUCUUUUUCCUAGACCGAGUCAUUUCUUCGGGCACCGGGAGGCCAGUGACACUGCGCGAUGAGGAUAUUGAACUCUGUUUCCCUCUUCAGUCUGAAUCUCAGCUACCAAAUGGGUGGCCCGCGCCUUUCCCACCGCUUAUUCGGAUAAUUCAUCUGUACGGCCGGGUGACCGACUUGAUCAAUGGCAUCCAAGAUGUCAAGCUCGUCACGCCGGACACGUUGAAGAUGUUGGCUGGGAUGGAAAGCGACUUAACUGGCAUCUAUCAACGCUUGUCCCCAAGACUUUAUUUCAACGCAGCUAAUUUUCAAGCUUAUGUCAAAGCCAAGGAGGGAACCAAUUUCAUUCUUCUUCAUUUUUGGUUUCAUACUCUCAUCGUUCUCCUUCACCAACCGACGCUGCUGAACUCGUUUGGUGGAUCAAUACAACAUCUCUAUCCGAAUAGUCGUGAGCUGUCGAUGUCAUCUGCCAAGACUAUUGCCGAUAUCCUAUCCUUCUCGGAGCUUGUCGACGGGAAAAGCUUCAUUGGUAACCCUUUCACGAGUCAGCCGAUGUACAUUGCGGCGUGCGCAUUCCUCAUGGAGAGUGCGUACUAUGCGUCUCCAUCUUCGGGGGCAGGGUCAACCCCACCCCAGCCAUUGUUGGCGAAUCAAUCCAGUGGGUUUGUGAUGCCCACUAUGGAGUCCUCAAAUGGGACAGAACGGAAGUCUACGGCGAAGCAUAUCCUGCUUGCUUCUGCCGCCAGAGAGAAUUACCAGCGGUGUUACAAGGCUUUGAAAGCACUCAAUGCGUACUGGGAAGGCACUGGAUAUAUUUUGACAGUGCUGGAUCAGAAGGCCAAGGGGAUUGUCGAUCCUCUCCUUUACGCUGUGGAGGAUAUGGAAAACACUGCAGGUAUCACCCCAGGACAGCCUCUUGGGACAGGAGCUUGGCGGGCGGGCAAAGCGCCGGUGGACUCUGUCUUUGAUAUGGAAAGACCAGCCGGGGUCGCAGAUAUCUCAUCUGACGGGAAACGGUCACCCCACAUUGAUCCGAGUCAAGCUAUCGGAUGGGCGCUCACUGGAGCAACAAAUUCUUCACAGCCCAACUUAAGUCUGCUUUAUCAGAUGUCCACGACUGAGGCCGAGUCUCCGUCCAAUCGACCAACAUACUCGUCGCAGUACAGUCACAGCUACCCAUUUCUACCAACAAAUGCCGGCGAAGGGCCAAGCUCUUCAUAUCCACAAUCUAUCGCACCAGCCAGGGCUCACGAAGAAAUGACGCCCUCGCUUACGACAGCAAAUGCUAAAUACUCCAAUAUUCAAUCCAGACAAAUUAGCAGUGACCCUUCUUAUUACAUGGGCAUGAAUCCAGCAUAUCCCGAAUCAAAUACGCGGACAACACGUCCCGUAGAGACAUCACAAUCUACUUUCCCCGGGAUGCUAUCCUCCGGGCUACCAACUUCACAUAUGGGUACCCAGCCCUCCGCCUAUAGUUACUCGAUACCUCAAACGACAAACGAGCACCAAGCUAGAAACCAAAUGGGGUCCCGCGACCCAGGUGUCGAUCUCCAGCCGACCAUUGAUGAUGCCAACGGGAUGAUGAUCGGGAGUCACGAGGUCGAUAUGAACACUAUCCACCAUCAGGACUCUUUCCCGUUCGCCAACGGCGAGAUCCUUCCGUGGCUGGAAUACCUCCCUCAAGAUGUUCUGAGUUUCUUCGGCGACCAUCAAAAUUAUCCGCUUAUGAGCCCUGACGAUGUGUCACGGCCUCCAUAA